AUGGUUACCACAAGAACAAGAUCGCGCGCCAACAGUGCCGCCGAUGCCAACGGUCAGGCAGACUCUUCCACCACGGCCGGUGAGAAGCGCGGCAUCGAAAAGGAUGGUGCCAAUGGAUCACCCGACGCCAAGCGUGCCAAGAAGUCGGAUGAUGCCCCCGUCCGCCAGACAACCAUCGACGAGGCCUUUUCGAAGGAGGAUGAUACAGAGGUCGAAGAGGCCAAACAGAAAGCUGAAGCAAAGCAAGUCCCCGCUGACACGGACAUGAAAGACGGUGAAGAGGAGGAGGCCCCCAACGACUUGACGGAGCCAAAUGAGCCGUCCAAGGAAGAAGAGGCCGCCAUGACAGAGAAGAUAGAGGAGGUGGAAAAGGCAGAGCAAGAGCAGAACAAGACGCAAGAACCCGCCGCCACCACCACCACCAAGGUCAAACCAGAGGCCGGCGCAGCAGCAGACGGAGAGACCGCAGAAAAGACGGGCGAGAAGGACAAGGUCCCCUCCACCAUUCUCGAAAAGGGCAUCAUCUACUUCUUCUUCCGCGCUCGCGUCAACACCGACCAGGCCGAGGAAGUCGACGACAUUGCCCGCAGCUACAUGAUCCUCCGCCCCAUCGCCACAGAUUCCGCGCUCGGCGACGGCCCCAUUGGCGACGCGGGCAACACCCGCCUGCUCGCCCUGCCGAAAAAGGUCUUCCCCGAGACCGGCCGCGACAAAUUCAUGGUCUUUGUCGAAAAGGCGGGCGCCUCCUUUGCCGAGCUCAAGGAGCAGUUCUUGUCGGGCGCCGACAACCAGACCAAGGCGGGCGUAUCGCACGCGCCGGCUGCGACCCCGGCCGGCGAGGGCGUCUACAUCAUCACCACCACGGGACGCGACAGCCACCUCGCGUACAUGCUCACCCUGCCCUCCGACCUGGGCGAGGUGCAAAAGGAGCUCGGGCUCAAGGAGAAGGGCAGCUUCAUCCUGAGCACAAAGAACCCGUACAAAAAGGGCCCUGCCAAUGCUAGUCUCGACCAGACCCCCGAUUUCCCAGACAGGUACGUGAUGAGAGACCAGCAGGAUUCCUUCAUUGGUAUGGGCAAUGAAAAAAUUGCUAACUGCGUGGUGUUCAGCAUCAAGGACGACUUCCGCGACCUGCGGUGGACCAACACCAAGCCCGAGCAUCUCGACUACCCCAAUGCCCAGUUCCUGCUCAUUGGCGAGUCCUCUGGGAUCAAGAAUGCCGUCGAGCCAAAGUCCAAGGACGUCAAGGCGGGCAAGGAGGACCCGGAGGACGUUCUCCAGGAGAUUGAGGACGAGGACGCCAAGCGCAUGGAGCACCUCUCGGGCGACGACUCGGCCUCCAUCUUUGCCGAUCUGCAGGCGCGGGCCAAGGAUUACCCAAAGUUGCAGACUACUUUCUGA